AUUCUAAAAGACUGAAGUCACAGAGAGGAGGGGGAGGUACGUUGAAGAAAAAGGAAGUAGAAAUGUCUUUUCCUGACUGAAUCAUUAGAUCAUAGAGUGUGAGAACAAGUCAAAGACGGAGACAAACGAUGGGGGAAUUUAUGUGGAUUUUACUUUGUAUGAUUUUUCUCCGAUUUACAGUAAUUAAUGGAGAUAACAUCAAUGUCUUCGUCCAGAAUGAAAAUGAUGCCACUUUGCCUUGUAUGAAUGUGAUCAGUGGUCAACAUGAAUGUGAGAAGACUACAUGGACUUUCAAAGCUGCAGAAAGCAAAUCAGCAGUGGAGCUAAUUAAAGAUGGAACAGUUCAAGAAUCUGUUUUGAAUCAAUCACACAGACUGAGUAUUACAGCAAACUGUUCCCUGCUUAUAAACAAAGUCACAGUGUUGAAUGCAGGUCACUAUUACUGUAAACAGAGUGAUGAAUCAAAAAAACACGAUGAGAAUGAUGAUGAUGAUGAUGAGGUUCAUCUGUCUGUUGUGACCAUGACUGAAAGGAACGACAGUAAUGUGCAGUUCAUCUGCUCUGUGUGGGCACGAAAAAAAUGUGAGCACACAGUGAAGUGGCUGUAUGAUGGUGAAGUAAUGAACAGUGUGACCAAAGUUUCAGAGUUAUCAUACAUCUGUUUGGCCUCUGUGACCUUGGAUAAUAAACCAAUGAAUUAUGAGUUGCUGGAAUGUGAAGUGACAGAUGCAGACAGUAAAAAAGUGCAUCGCUUUCCCUUUAAAUCUGCAGUUCAGAAAACAGGUGAAGAUGAAACUAAGCCAACUGCAGCAGCACCUACCACAACAGCAGGUUUUCCACUUUGGGCAAAUAUCGUUGUUCCUUUUGUGGCUGUAGCAGUGUUGUUGGUAAUAGUUGUGGCGUUCGUCAAAUGGAAGCGAAAUAAAGAGAGCAAAACGCAGAUGGAUGAAAACACUGCUGAACCUGAAGAUGGUGUUUCCUACGCCUCAGUCCACUACACCAAAAAUAAAAAGAAGAAAAGUAAUCCUCUGCGUCAACACAAUGAUGACAACGCAGUGACCUACAGCGCUGUGAGAGCUUCCCCUUCUUCUGCUGCAGCCUCCAUUGAUCCCAGUAUCCUCUAUGCUACUGUGAACGAACCAAACAACUAAAAAAUAAUGCUGGAUGGUUCACAUAAGCCGGUCAAUCAUUGCAGUGUUUCUGCAUUUGUGUUAUUACUCAGGUUUUAAUUGGAAAAUGACAUUACAGUUUUUUUUAAGGUGUCUAUGUUCUGUUUCAUGUGAUUUCCAGGUGGGGUAUACUCGCACAAUGUGAAUUGGAUAAAUGAAUAUGAAACCUUUAUAGAUGCUUAUGAUGGAUAUAUGCUUGAGAUGGUCAGUUAUAGAUGUGUUAGUAUUGGAAAUAGUGGUGUAAAUACAUCUUUUUCAUUUUUUUCUGCUAUUUUGUUCAGUAAUCUACCUGAUGUUGUAUAGCGUAAUGCUUGUAAUAGUAUAGUUUUAAGUGUCUGUUUGAUGUUCCUGUCAUUAAAGUUAAAGGUCAGUUUUUCAGAAAGGUGUAAAUUUUUCUUAAAAGCAUGUAUUUAAAGGCACUAUAUUAUCUUACACACAGUAUCACCGUGUUUGUGUCACACUUCAUGCAGUGUUUAUUUAUGUAAAAUGCUGUUUAGUACCUUGCAUGGCUGCAACAUGAUAAGUUUUUAUUCAUGUGAUGAAUUUUUGUUGUUGUUGCAGAGUACUUAUAAUCUUCACACAUACAGGCCAAAGAUAAAUUUCAACCUUUUGUACAUAAAAAAGCAGAUAAUGAAGUAUAGUACAGUAUUUGUAUUUGUGUUCUGUUCCUCAGCCCUUAGUGAACUGACUCUAUAGUCUGUGGCCAGAAGUGGAGAAGGCGUCACAUUGUCCUGUGGAGAUGUGAUACCCGGUCAGUAUGAAUGUGACCGCACCAACUGGAGUUUGACAAAAAAGAAAAAGAAAGAGAAAACAGUCUUUUGAUUUGGUCAAAGGUGGAUGGAUACUGGAAAAUGAUAUUCCAACCAGGCAGCCUGAGAGUUACAGCAGACUGUUCUCUGGUUAUAAACGCUGUCACACAUAAGCAUCUGUGGACGGACAGUAUAUUUUUGAUUGAUUUGAUUUUAUAAAAUUUUGGUAUAUUUCAUAAGUAAACAAACAGAACGGUAUAUUGGUGAACACACAUACUAUAUGACCCCCAGAGAGGCCUGUCCUUACAAAACUUAAAUCAUCUGAAACAUGUA